CCAGUUGCUACGGGUAACGGCUUUGGUGACACAGGUAAUUGUUCUCUAGUCGUCUCAUCUCGGAUGUCCGGUGCGUCUUUACACCACUGUUUACGUUGAUCGAUAAGAGUGAUAUCGAUCUGAUACGGAUCUGGGAGUCUUUGUACCGAACAUUAGUCCACUAAUCGGUCAACAAACCGUUGGAAGUUUUUGAAGUCGGCCCCGCUGGCUCAUCUGAGUAUCCGGAAAUGAUCCUGGUUCAGAACGUUCACAUCAGGAAGUUAGUUCUACUACACGCGAUCUAUGUAUGUUCGCAAUCAAACACCUAUUGUUUUCAUGCAACCAUUUACGCUGUAGACUAUGAAAUAUUUUAUUUCAUGCAAAAAAUGUACAGAAAAAGUAUUUGGUAAAUAAUAUUGUUUAGUCUAACUACCUGUCACCUCUUUUUUUUGUCUAUCCGUUCGCAGGUUAGCGUUUUUUCAUUCCUGGAUCUUGUUCUGGAGAUAGCUCUGCAGAGUGGUCACUAGCUGACACCAAAUCAUACAAUCUGAUUUUAAACCUAACCAUAACCUUAACUACACUGCUAAACCUAAUGACUUUUUUUUGAUGUUGACAAUAUAGACAUUUUGACAUUUGCAGCUGGUCAUUCAAAGUGAAAAUCGCUCAGUACGGCCUCCAGGACAAGACUCAUGACAAUAAUCGUCAACCUGCUAUUUAUUUGUCAGCUGAUGUGAGUGUGUGUGUGUGUGUGUCAUAUUGUGUGUAACCUAGUGUUUUUUCUAUAGAGUGUGUGUUAUGGUGUGAGUCUGUUAUAGAGUGUGUGUUGUAAAGUGUGUAUUAUAGACUUUGUGUGUUGUAUUAUCAGUGUGUGUAGCCUAGUGUGUGGGUGCGUGUGUGAGUGUCUGUGUUGUAAGAUAUGCGUGUUGCAGAGUGUGUGUUAUAGUAUGUUUUAGUAUGUGUGUGUGUUAUAGAGUGUGUGUUGCAGAGUGUGUGUAGCCUAGUGUGUGUUAUUAUAGAGUGUGUGUUGCAGAGUGUGUGUAGCCUAGUGUGUGUUAUUAUAGAGUGUGUGUAGCCUAGUGUGUGUUAUUAUAGUGUGUGUAGCCUAGUGUGUGUUAUUAUAGAGUGUGUGUUGCAGAGUGUGUGUAGCCUAGUGUGUGUUGCAGAGUGUGUGUAGCCUAGUGCGUGUUAUGGAGAAGUAUGAGAACUUGGGUAUGGUCGGCGAGGGAAGCUACGGCAUGGUCAUGAAGUGUCGUCACAAGGAGAACGGGAGGAUCGUGGCCGUUAAGAAGUUUCUGGAGUCAGAGGACAACAAGACAGUCAAGAAGAUCGCUUUGAGAGAGAUCAAGAUGUUGAAGCAACUGCGCCAUGAGAACCUAGUCAACCUGCUGGAGGUGUGGAAAAAGAGACGUCGCUGGUACCUGGUGUUUGAGUUCGUAGAACGUACGGUGCUAGAUGACCUAGAACAGAGUCCAACGGGACUAGACUACAGCCGCCUAAGAAGAUACGUCUAUCAGAUCCUACGGGCUAUCUCCUUCUGCCAUCAACACAAUAUCAUCCACAGGGACAUCAAGCCAGAGAACAUCCUGGUGUCUCAGGGAGGGGUGGUGAAGCUGUGUGACUUUGGGUUCGCCAGGACAAUGGCUGCACCAGGAGAGAAUUACACGGACUACGUAGCAACACGCUGGUAUAGGGCCCCGGAACUACUGGUGGGGGACACCAAGUACGGGAAGGCGGUAGAUGUGUGGGCUGCAGGCUGUCUCUUCGUAGAGAUGUUGACAGGAGAACCUCUGUUUCCUGGAGACUCUGACAUCGACCAGUUAUACCACAUCAUCAGGUGCUUUGGCAACCUGACCCCUCCCCACCAGGAGUUGUUCUAUAAGAACCCAGUGUUUUCAGGAGUCAAUCUACCGGAAGUGACAGAGACAGAGCCUCUACAACAACGAUAUCCCAAACUGUCCACUACCGCUACAGACCUUACACAGAGGUGUCUCCAGAUGGAUCCAGACAGGAGGUCACAGUGUUCUGAUCUGCUGCAGCACCAACUCUUCACUAACGAUGGCUUCCACCUCAGGUUUGUCCAGGAGUUGAAUGCUAAGAUCCAGAAGGAUCAGAAAGAGAACUCUCCCCUUCCCAAGAUGAACAAGACUAUCAAGAAAGACAAGGAGGAAGUAGAGGAGAGGACUGGGAAGUACAAGGACUCCAGCAGUACAACAGUCAAAGGGAACGUCACCAAACCAGACGUCACCAAACUCUCCAAAGCUCCAACCACCACAGAGUCUAAACCCCGAGACCCGGACAAGACAAUAGAGUCAACCACUACCAUGACCACUACUAUGACCACUACUAUGACCACUACCAUGACCACUACUGCAGCUGUUAAUAAACCUGAGAAGGCUGACUGGACCACAGAGAGCCACGCGGUCACGGUUCACCACGGUCGAACCACUACCGUGAGUCUGAGCAACACUAUCGCCAUCAAACCCAGAGUGGAAGAAUCAGAGAGGACCGUAGAGGACCACGAUCCAACCGUAGGACCAACCCAGGACCAACCUCUACCUCUCAUCCCUCCCCUCUCACUCACCUUCACACAGACACCUUCACAGAACCUACUGGCUGUCGUCGCCCAUGGCAACGGCAACCUGGGCGGAGUUGGGGUGGGGCCUCAACCCGGAACACUCGGUCUGAGGUCAAUAGACAAGUCUAAAAGACACGUAAACAUUUUCAACAGAAUCUCACAGCAAUCUCUCUCCAGUCAUUUCACUGGCAAUCUGAUGGCUCAGAUGAUAUCAGAGAAGAGUGUGAUCCACGAACGUUCCUUCCUGUCCGACCGCGAGCGUGACCGAGGAGACCGUGAGCGUAUGGCUACGGUUGGGAAGAGGAAGCCAGACAUUCUCUUCCCUGAACUAAGAACCUCUCUGCUGCCUGAGAUACGAGGGGCUGAAGGUAAACAGACUAAACCCACCAGGACCAGAAGAAGGAGAGACACAUCCCCUCUAUAGCCACAAUGGAUACACACCACUACAACACACUACAAUACACACCACUACACACUAGAAUACACACCACU